AUGGAAGAUACCUUAUAUCUGUUCCUUUCUUACUUUCCCAUUCUAUUUUUUGCCAUUGGUUUUAUAGGAAAUGUAUUGGUUAUCCGAAUCGUUCACAAGACACGACAGAUGCAUACGCCAACGAAUUACCUUUUAGCUAACAUGGCCGUUAGCGAUGUCAUCACCAUUCUGUUGCUUUCUUGUAAGCAAUUUACUGAGAAUCAGCUUGGACGUGUGAGUCAUAAAUUUGCCACAUUCGCUUGCAAGGCAUUUAGCAUCGUUGGAAUUUGUGUUAUGGUUUCUUCUAUUACACUCACAGUUCUCGCUUUAGAAAGAUAUCACGCCUUGCUAAAACCCUUCAGAACCGAACUGCGGUUAAGCGAGGAUAACGUCAAGAAGGCCAUCGUUUUCAUUUGGACCACGAGUGUCGUAAUUUGCUUCCCACAGUUCUUCUUUAUAGAAUGGAGCGAGGAGGACAUUUCAUGUGUUGGCCCAUUCGAUAAAAUGACUGAAGGAAGCAAAAUUUUUACACUUCUGUAUUUUACAAUUUUCAUCAUGCAAUCGGCAAUCAUGAUUUUCUGCUAUGGAUCAUUGAUAAGGGGACUUUACUUUACUAAUACAGUUUGCUCAGAAAAUGAUGAAGAAGGAAACUCAGAAAAAAAGAAACUGGUUUUGACAUUUCUCCUAGCGAGUUUAGCGUUUUUGAUCGGUUAUGGGCCUUUUACAGUUCUCUGCAUUCUUGUUGCAUCGGGAGAUAAUGAACAAAAUUAUGACUCAAAACUAUACUCUGUUCUUGGCGACGUAUCAACAUUUCUGUUUGAAUUAACUUUAUGUCUUAACCCAAUUUUGUACGCUUUUCGUAGUUCAAGCUACCAGCAAGAGUUUAAACGCCUACUUAUAUGCAAGAAACCGACACCGAACAAUGACAUUGAGAUGCGGUAAGAGAGAAGAAGAGAGGAACACCUUUAAACUAUUUCUCUUCGCGUAGUUUAUAUCUUUGUGAGUUUAUUCUAAAUAGCGGUUUUUGUAAUAAUUUUUUCACUGCAAUAAUCUGUAAUAAUUUUUGCUCAUAAUAAAAUACUAUAUAUCACUAGUAUUAUAUAACAUUAUAUAGUAAAUCGACUGCAUAUCCCAUCAUCAUCAUUGUCAUCCUUGGUGUUAUUCAUUUUACAGAAUGUGAAAGUAAAUUACAGAACCAAAAACAAAAAACGUACCAUGAGAUUAUUUACCUUCCAUUGACUUUUUUUUGUCCCACUUCCAAUAUGGGAAAGGUACAAGUAAACCAGCUCAUGCAUUUUUAACAUUCUCUGUGUUAGGGAGGAAUAAAUUCCAGUUUGGGCUUUGUUUUUCGGAUUGACCAUUGUUACCCGUCAAAGCCGUAACAACAAGAAAGACACUUUUGUACUGGUCGAUAGUGAGAUAGCAAACGGGAGUUCAAUAACAAUAUAAAAAAUGAUAAUUCAAUGAAAAAGAAAAAGUAACAGCAUGCUUUUAGGCAGAAAUAGUUUUGGUAAGAUUAUGGGCACUUCUUUGUAAAGGGGUAGGAACAUUCUCCCUUCAAUGUCACAAUUUUGUGCUAUUGUAAGGCCCGAGCCAACUGGUAGGAUGGAUGUGAACAGCCACUUUUUCCAUUACUGACAUGGGAUGACCGUAUUUCUACAAGGAGUCAUAAUUACAGUAGUUGUAGUUGUCAAGUGGUCCUACUUCCCACGCCCGGCCGUCCCUGUUUAUCAGCGCGUCACAAACCAAGCCUUCCCACAACGUCUGUGGAUCAAACAAGAAGUGUCAUUUCCCAAACUAUGAUUUCGUCUUUCGAGUUUGAUUUCCCGCAAAACACCCCACAGGACCCUCACUGAAGGAUAAUACACUGUCCGCUUAACAAGUAUCCACAUGCAAAUUUUUGGGACUGAUCUCCAUACAUUUACUUGAAAAAUAAGUUGAGAAAACUUUUUUUAAAACGAUCAAAGCAGGACCGUGGGUUGGAUUAUAUGCAUGGUUAAUUAGUUGAAAAGCUUAAGGAAGAAACGACUUGACCGAAAACAGUCCGGUGUAUAAUUAUAGACACAUUAUUCAUAAAGGAUUUUUAUUCAUAAGUUAAUCUUAACUAAGGCGUCUAUUAGUAUUAAAAGAAUGACGUUGGUAACUGGGCAGGAAGAUAAUAUUUGCAGUAUGGAGAAAAUUAUUUGUUAGUAUGCAGAAAAGCAGUUAUGCCGAAAAAAGGGAAGGAAAUUAAGAUACCGUAAAAUUCGGAAAAUAAGCCCCGGGGCUUAUAUUUUCCAAAGGUCUUUUUUGAGGGGCUUAUAUUGGGAGGGGCUUAUCAAACGGAGAGAAAUUUGCGUUUCAAAAUCGAUUAGGCUAGCUCAUAGUUGGAAGGAAUUUUACCGUUUUUUCUUUGUUCUACUUUGCAUUCGAGGACACUGUUUUCGGAGGGGUCAUUUAACGAAACGUUUUUUGCGCGCGUUACGGGUUUGAGGGGCUUAUAUUUGGAGGGGCUUAUACCUGGAGGGGCUUAUUUUCGGAAUUGAACGGUAUGGGGAGGACCAAAGACGGUUGUAUGCCUAUUAAUAACUGACUUCAUAACGCGCUUUUAAUUAUAAAUUGUAGUCUUUUUACUAUGUGAGACGUCCAUGCAAUUGCAUGGUGGCUAAUUAUUUAACAGCAUGGUCCAAUGGUAUUAAUGGUUCUAUUUCACAUUAUCUUAGUAAUAAUGUAAACUACCUUAAUUUGUCGCUUGUCUACUAACUCAAAUGCGUACAAUGAAAAAUAACUAACAAGACCGAUAAUCCUUAUGAACAAUUUCUUUAAAGAAAUUUCGAAACUCUAUUUGAAAAACAAAACAAAAACAAAAACAAACAAAAACAAAAAAACAAAAAAAACCACAGAAAAACCUGAAGCAUUAAUCAUGGUCGAAACCGAUAGCCUAAGUUUUGUCUUGUCUUGCUGUUCCAUACCAUUUUACAUCAUUGGACUCAUCGGAAAUGUGUUGGUCAUUCGAAUCGUAUACAAAACAAGGGAGAUGCACACCCCUACAAAUUAUCUUUUAGCUAGCAUGGCCGUUAGUGAUGUCUUCACGAUAGUGACGAUUGCAGCUCACAGGUUUGCCUUCAUCCCGAAUGCCUUCUCUCAAGAGUUCGAUCGAAUCAAUCACGUUCGCUCAGGAUGUGUUGGCCAACGGGAUUCAAUUAUCAAUCUAGCGUGGAAGAUUCACUUGAUUGUAUUUAACGCUCUUUUUUUGAUACAAUCGGUAGUCAUGGUUUUUUGCUAUGGUUCCUUGAUCAGAGGUCUCUACUUCACCAACACAGUUUGUCCAGAAAAUGAAACCGCUGAUGGCGAGAGAAGCUCGGAGAAGAAGAAACUUGUUAUCACAUUCCUUCUAGCGACUCUCGGGUUUUUGAUCGGUUAUGUACCUGGUGUGGCUUUCAACAUUGUUGUUGCAUUUCAGACCAACGCGAAUAUAGAUAUCAACCUGUGCUCUCAUCUCCAGAAUGCGUUUUCUUUUAUGUUUAGCUGCAGUCUAUGUUUAAAUCCACUUGUUUACGGUUUUCGAAGUGCCCACUUUAGAGAGGGCUUCAAACGCGUUCUAACAACUUGUUGGAAGCAAACUCCACAGGAUGACGACAUUCACUGA